AUGGAACGAUGGAAAAAUAUCCCCCUUUCAAAAGAGGAGGAAGAAGGGAUUGUAGCGGCAGAGGAGGAAGCUAAUGGAGAAGAAAUUUUUCGUAGAUCUCUAGUUGGAAGACUGUGGACAGACGGUAGCUUCAACAGUAGAGCGUUCAGAAACACUAUGGUAGCGGCGUGGAGACUGAAGAACCCAGUUGAAAUCCAGGAACUGAAUAAGAAUCUCUUCUUGUUCAACUUUUCCACAAAGAGAGACAUGGAGUUUGUAUUGAAGAGCGGUCCCUGGAGCUUCGACCGGGCUCUGCUGGUUCUAGCGAAAAUGUCAGGAGAUGAACAACCAGCAGAUCUUGACUUGCACACGGGAGAUUUCUGGGUCAGAAUAUAUGAACUACCGUUAGCUCUGCGAACUGAAGCCAUGGCGAAAAAGCUAGGAAAUAUACUGGGUGAGUUUGUGGAGGCGGAUCCGAAGGAGGCUUACAGGAACGGAAGGUUCCUUCGUGUGAAGGUCAUGAUAGAUCUUAAGAAACCACUGAAAAGAGGUACUAUGGUGAAGUAUAAAGAGAAGAGUCUGCGAGUGCACUUCAAAUACGAACGCUUGCCCACUUUCUGUUAUAUCUGUGGGAGGAUUGGUCAUCAGAUGAAGGAUUGUGAAGAUCUAGAGGACAUGACAGAAGAGGGAUUUGAAGAUCUGGAUGAACAGGAACUGUCGUAUGGACAUUGGCUGAGAGCCUCCCCAUUACCAAAGUUGGGGGAGGAAUUCAGAACAAAAGACUCAAGUUCAGGGACUUGCAAUAGGAGCCUUUUUAAUGUUUCUUCAAGCCAGAGCAGAUGUGGGACGAAAGACAAGGAAAAACUGGAUGAAUUAGAGGUUGAGCAACUACAAAAAAUGGUUAAAGAAGGAGGAGAUGGCAGCAAAAACUGUGAGGAUAAUGGAGGUAAGCAAAAGGCAGUGGCGGAUGUGGAAGAUGUCGCGGAAUCUCUUAGUGCAGUGGCUCUAUCACAGGUUGAUAAAACAAACCAAUCGAAAGCAAUAUCGUCUUCCUCUAAACAGAAGAAAUGGACCAGGAAGAGGGGUGUGAGGAAAGUGGAGGAAGCCCAGAAAUUAGCUAAAGAAGUGGAAGGAGGUAAACGGCAACUGGUCGAGGUUCAAAUUACUGAAGGGUCUGUGGAGGAGUUCAAAGGUGGAGAAAAGAAACGCAAACAAUCCAAAGGAGUUGAAUCUUUUCAACAAUCUGUACCAGAGGUGGUGUUGGAUAACCAACACCGCCUAAAACAAUGA